AUGGCGGACGAGCUCGACGACGGUCUCCUCCUCGAGGACGAGCUCGUGGCCUAUUCGGACGAUGCGUCCGAUGCAGAGAAAGCAGCCCGGCUGCAGGAGCAGGCUUCGGCCGCACAGCACAUUGCGGAGCAGCCGCGCGAUCUGCAGGCCGACUUCCUCGUUGGUCUACAGCGCAAGGCGUUCCCGAAGCUGAGUGAGCUCGAGCUCCAGGAGCUACGUGUGCCAGGUGCUGUACGUUCGUCCACUGACCCAGUCGUCGCUCGCCAUAACGAGCUGCAGGACAUGAAGCAGCCAUGGAUGACCGAGCCAGGCACGCCCUACAUGCUCGUGCUCACGGGCAACGCACAGCGAGCCGCUGAUCUCACGCGGGCACUGCGUGUGCUGCUGCCGGGCACCGACGAGCCGCCAGCGAAGCGGCGCAAAGGCACCGCAUCGUCGCCUGUGCCCACCGUGGCCAAGCUGUUUGCGCGCCACUUUAAGUUGGAGGAACAGGUAUCGUGGCUGAAGAGCCAGGCGACACCCAUCGCCGUGGGCACGCCCCACCGUGUACAGGCCCUGCUGGAGCAGCGCGCCUUGCACGUCGACCACCUGCAGGCCCUGCUCGUGGAUGCCUCGUGGACAGACGCAAAGCAGCGCGCCGUGUUUGAUACGCCAGAGACACGCGAUGCACUAUUGGCCCUGCUGGCAGAAAACAGCGUGCGGGCCCUAUUGCAGAAACCGACGGACCCGUGCCGGGUCGUCCUCUUCUGA